AGCCGAAUGGAGCGGAGGAUGAAAGGCGGAUACGUGGACCAGCAAGUGCCAUACACCUUCUCCAGCGUGAGCGCGGGUCUCGGCCCCUCUGGCACCGCGGGCACCUCUAUCCCUUGCCUCCUCCGACCCCCUUCCCCAACUUUCCUCGCCCUCGCCUGUCCCUCCGACCUUUCCCCACCCCCAUCCUCGCCCCUCCUACCCCCAUGCAUCCCAAGCGGGGACCGGCUCUUUGCCAGUCCCGGGGGACCUAGGUCAGACCUCCACGCCCCAGCCCCGUGACCACCCUUAGCUGCCUCCGCCCCAUCCAGAUCCAUCCCCCCACUACACCACUCUAGAGGAUGACUCGGGGUCCAUUGGGCCCUUUUCUCCCCCCCGCCUCCCCCCACCCCCAGAAAUCGCCCGGAAAUGGGAGUCUGAGCCGAGCUCUGAUGGUCACACAGGGGAAACUCAUGGACCCUGGCUCCCUGCCGCCCCCGGAGUCAGAAGAUCUCUUCCAGGACUUGAGCCAAUUCCAAGAGACCUGGCUUACAGAAGAUGCAGCUGCCGGGGCCAUGUCCCCCUCUGCCGUCAAGUCACCAUCCUGGCCUUCUCUACUGCCUUCUCCCGCAAGCUCAGGUUCCCGACAGUGACGAGCAGUUUGUGCCAGAUUUCCACUCUGAAAACUUAGCUUUCCACAGUCCCACCACCAAGAUCAAGAAGGAGCCCCAGAGUCCUCGGACAGACCCGACCCUGUCCUGCAGCCGAAAGCCGCCGCUCUCCUACCCCCAUGGCGAGCAGUGCCUUUAUACCAGUGCCUAUGAUGCCCCCAGACAGAUUGCCAUCAAGUCUCCCACACACAGCACCCCAGGACAGUCACCUCUGCAGCACUUUCCCCGGGCAGAACGGAGUUUCUUGAGACCCCCAGGGGCAGCCCCCCCCAACCCCAACCAUGGGUUCGUCAUGGAGCAUAGCCCCAUUUUCCAGCAGCCCCCAGAGCUGUGCCAUUCCUUCCCAUCCUCCCAAGGUGGGGGCCGGGAGCCCCCUGCAGCCCCCUGCCAGCCCCAGCUGUCGGAGCCCUGCCUGCCUUAUCCCCAACAGAACUUCAAACGGGAAUACCACGACCCCCUGUACGAGCAGGCGGGCGGGGGCUGGGGCGGCGGCGGCAGCGGGCACAGGUACCCAGGGGCAGGGGUGGUGAUCAAGCAGGAGCAGACAGACUUCGCCUAUGACUCAGAUGUUCCUGGGUGUCAGUCCAUGUACCUACACGCAGACGGUUUCCCUGGCCCCUCCCCUGGUGAUGGAGCCAUGGGUUAUGGUUUUGAGAAGUCUCUUCGGCCUUUCCCUGAGGAUGUCUGUGUGGUCCCAGAGAAAUUUGAAGGAGACAUCAAACAGGAGGGCCUUGGGGCAUUCCGAGAAGGGCCCCCUUACCAGCGCCGAGGUUCCCUCCAGCUCUGGCAGUUCUUGGUGGCUCUGCUGGAUGACCCAACUAACUCCCACUUCAUUGCCUGGACAGGCCGAGGGAUGGAGUUCAAGCUCAUUGAACCAGAAGAGGUCGCCCGGCUCUGGGGCAUUCAGAAGAAUCGCCCGGCCAUGAAUUAUGACAAGUUGAGCCGUUCGCUGCGCUACUAUUAUGAGAAGGGGAUCAUGCAGAAGGUGGCUGGAGAGCGCUACGUCUACAAGUUUGUGUGUGAGCCGGAGGCCCUCUUCUCUCUGGCCUUCCCUGACAAUCAGCGCCCGACUCUCAAGUCUGAAUUCGACCGGCCGGUCAGCGAAGAGGACACCGUCCCUUUGUCUCACCUGGAUGACAGCCCUGCGUACCUUCCAGAGCUUGGGGGCUCUGUGCAGCCCUAUGGGCCGAAGGGCGGUUACUCCUAUUAGCUUCUGACACCUUGCCAAGAACCCACAAACCCCCCAGGUGGGGGCAGGGGACACUAUGACCAUCCUCUUUGUACAUAUGGAUACAUUUGGUAUUGGCAGGAGCCCUUACUCCCUUCUUUGACACUCCAGGAAACUUUGGGGGGCAGUUCCCUAGCCCUGGUCAUCCCUUUUCCCUUCCCCAACUAAAAUGGACCCUAUCCAUGGUGCUCAAUCAAAUGGCUGGAUGGAGUGGGAAAAGAACUUGUCCAUAAGUAGAAGGCUCUGCCCAGAGGACUCCGCUCAGGCUCUCCCCACUUCUUCCUACAUGGCCCACCCUGUCUUUUCCCCCACUAGAGAGAGCAGGCAAGGUUUGCCCCUGCCAGGUAGGUCAGAAGAAGAGGACUGACUCUCGGUACCACCUCCAAGCCCAAUGGAUCUUUGGGGUUCAGAAAGCUCCCAUCAAUUCCCAUGAAGAGAAGCAGAAGGCCUAGAUAUGCCCCUUUCUCCAAUGACCAAAUCCCAAGAUCACCUUUCUGCUUCCAUCUCCAUCCCAGCCUCCUGGUUACAGUGGGUCCCCUUGGGGUCAAUAAAAUGCUUUUUGAACUAAGAAAGUGAUUGGCCUUCUACCUUGGCUAGCUGUCCUUUCCCUGCAGGUGGCUAAUGGCAAAAACUUUCUUCACUGGGUCACUGUGUUCCCUGAGGGAGGGGUUUCUAUCCCAAUUCUUCAUGAAACGAAGGCUGGAGGGGUCUGCCUCAGACUGGGAAGCUUCAGGAUGGGCCAGAGAGGGUACCUUCCUCAAAGGAGAGCAUAUCAGCCUCUCCUCCCAUCCAUAUCCCCUCUUCUCUCCAGAUCCUAAUAAAGGCCCCUGCCAGGCUCUGUCA